AUGUUGUCCAAGAGACUUGUUUCUGCUCUCGCAAACAGCGCUAAGGUCCUCUCCAUCGGAGACGGUAUUGCUCGUGUGUACGGUCUGAAGAACAUCCAGGCUGAAGAAAUGGUGGAGUUCGACUCAGGUAUUAAGGGAAUGGCUCUUAACUUGGAGCCUGACAACGUUGGAGUUGUAGUGUUCGGUAACGAUAAAGUCAUUCGAGAAGGAGAUAUCGUGAAGCGUACCGGUGCUAUCGUCGACGUUCCUGUCGGAGAGGCCCUGCUCGGACGUGUCGUUGAUGCUCUCGGAACGCCUAUUGAUGGAAAGGGUCCGAUUGCUUGCAAGACUCGCUCACGUGUAGAAGUGAAAGCUCCUGGUAUCAUUCCUCGACUUUCUGUCCGUGAACCUAUGCUUACUGGUGUGAAGGCUGUCGAUUCACUUGUACCCAUUGGUCGUGGACAGCGUGAGCUGAUCAUCGGUGAUCGUCAGACCGGAAAGACCGCCAUUGCCAUCGAUACCAUCAUCAACCAGGCUCGUUUCAAUGCAGGCUCUGAUGAGAAAAAGAAGCUGUAUUGUAUCUACGUUGCCAUCGGACAAAAGAGAUCGACUGUAGCACAGAUCGUCAAGCGACUCACUGACACCGGUGCAAUGAAAUACACCAUCGUGGUCUCAGCGACAGCCUCUGAUGCUGCUCCACUGCAGUUCUUGGCUCCAUACUCUGGAUGUGCUAUGGGAGAGUUCUUCCGUGACAACGGAAAGCACGCUUUGAUCAUCUACGAUGACUUGUCCAAGCAAGCCGUUGCCUACCGUCAGAUGUCUCUGCUUCUGCGUCGUCCUCCCGGUCGUGAAGCGUACCCUGGUGAUGUCUUCUACCUUCACUCUCGUUUGCUAGAACGUGCUGCUAAAAUGAACGACUCAUUGGGAGGUGGAUCUCUUACUGCUUUGCCAGUCAUUGAGACACAAGCUGGUGAUGUGUCUGCUUACAUUCCUACCAAUGUGAUUUCCAUCACUGACGGACAGAUUUUCCUUGAGACCGAAUUGUUCUACAAGGGAGUUCGACCAGCCAUCAACGUCGGUCUGUCUGUAUCUCGAGUAGGAUCAGCUGCUCAGACCAAGGCCAUGAAGCAAGUCGCCGGUUCCAUGAAGCUCGAGCUCGCCCAAUAUCGUGAGGUCGCUGCUUUCGCUCAAUUCGGUUCCGAUCUCGAUGCUUCCACCCAACAACUGUUGAACCGAGGAGUCCGACUUACUGAAUUGCUUAAACAGGGACAGUAUGUACCGAUGGCUAUCGAGGAACAGGUUGCCGUUAUCUACGCUGGAGUUAAAGGACACCUUGACAAAGUCGAUCCAUCUGCGAUCACCAAGUUCGAGAAGGAAUUCCUCGCUCACAUCCGCUCAACACAACAGGAGCUGUUGAAAACGAUUCACAAUGAGGGUCAAAUUUCACCAGACACCGAUGCCAAAUUGAAGGAGGUGGUCGUGAACUUUUUAGCUACGUUCAAAGCCUAG